AUAAAACGGAAUAAUUAUCAUUAUUUCAUCGACAUUCGACAUCAGCGACAAUACGUGCUUUUGAGCGAGUCUAAAAGUUUCAGUUUUCAUUCAAGCGUGGUAUUAUUUUAAACAACCAUGAAGUCCACUAUGAUUAUUCUGAUGUUGCUUGGCAUUGCUUGUCUAGCAAUAAACACAGUGAUUGCUGACAGCGACGAAUCGGACGAGUCCGUUGAUGAAGUCGAGAGCGAAUCUGCAGAUGACAGCGAUGAUGACAGUGCUGCGGAUGCAGGAGUACGCAAACGACGAGAUGAUAGUGAUGAAUCCAGUGAUGAUAGCGAUGAUGACAGUGCUGCGGCUGUACGCAAACGACGAGAUGAUAGUGAUGAAUCCAGUGAUGAUAGCGAUGAGGAUAGUGAUUCCGUCAGUGAUUCUGACAGCGAUUCCGACAGUGACGAAGAAGAAGAUAAUGAAGCAGCUGUUGUGGAAGAAGUGGUUGACAUCACCGUCUAAUAAAUAUCAGGCAGUCUUAUCUUAUACAUCAUAAUUGGCAUGUAAAGAACAGUCUAAUCUUAUAUCGAAAUUGUUAUAUAUUGCAUGAAGACCAGCUUAUUACUAGCAGUGCCUUUUGAAUUUCUUCUUUUCCAAGCAAGUUCAAAUUCAUGUCUAUAAUUAGAAAUGAACAUACAUUUGGAAAGACUUGAACUAUA